ACUUUCCAAAGUGAUCUGUUUUGUGAAAUCAGGUCCGACGUCCCUGCACUCACGUUGGAAAAGUAUAUGGAGGGGGAGAAUACGAAUCCCAACAUGGUUUCUCUGAAUCCAGCAAAAAACAAACAAAAAAGGCCUCCUCUGCCAACUGAAUCACUCCAAAAUUCAAAAAAUACUGAACUCGAAUCUUCCCCGAUUACCAAGAUAAAUCCAUCGCCGGAAAAAAAUUCCAAAGUUACCGAGGCUUCUCCCUCAGUAACAAAUAUUGAAGAAACGGUCUCCGUUGAGGAUGCUGUGCAAAAUGAAAUAGUUUCUAUUUCACUAGAACAAGAACAAGAGAAGAAUGAUGAUAAUUGUAUGACAACUGCAUUGUGUGAGAGUCCUCCAAGAAUAACCCCAGAGACGUUAGAGGUGAUUGACUUGAACAAAAUAUAUUUGUCCCUGACUGAUUUGUCAUCAAAGGUUGACUUGAUUUUUUCCAGAUUGGAUAAAAUUGACUCAAAUUUAUCGAAUCUAAACGAAAAAUCUCUUAAAGAUUCUUUGGAGGUUCAAUCUUGCCCCGAUGGCCCUUCAGAGAAUUCGAACCAAGUUUUGUCUGAGAGUGAAGGUGUUGAUAUCAAUGGGAGUAAAAUCGACUGUCUGAAUGAAAAAUAAAUUUAAUCCGAAAAUUAAU